UCGAGUUGGAGAAAGAAAAUUGGCAUUUUGCCUCGAGUUACUUUUUGCCGAUAGUACGUUUGUUGUACCAAGUGAAUGGUUUUUAUUUCACUCUGAUACUAACCUUUGUUUUAUCUAGUUAAAACUAUUAGGAUAUUUAUUAAAUCAACAUGAAAUUGUUAUAUUUAACAUUCCUGGUGCUACCUGCGGCUUUACUCUGCUUCCAGAGUGCUAACACAAUAUUAGCCAGAGCAGAAGAAGAUGAGCUUGAUGAUGUAGUAGAUAUUGAAGGUGAAGACAACCAGGUGGUAGGAGAAGAUGCCCUCGGUGAUGAUGAUGACUCUGUGGUCAAGUCCUCGCAAGAUGUAGACACAACUAUUUUAUUCACCAAACCAGUUCCUAACUAUGGAGACAAUGCAUUUGAUCUACAAGCUGGCUAUCCAGUUGAAUUCCUUGUUGGUUUUGUCAACAAGGGUGUUGAAGAUUACAUCGUGGAAUCAAUGGAGGCAUCCUUCAGAUAUCCUAUGGACUACACAUACUACAUCCAGAACUUCACUGCUCUGCCAUACAACCGGGAGGUGAAGCCGAAACAAGAGGCCACAUUUGCAUAUUCUUUCAUUCCCAACGAGGCCUUUGCGGGCCGACCGUUCGGUUUGAAUAUCCAGCUGAACUACAAGGAUGCUAGUGGCAAUUUCUACCAGGAGGCUGUGUACAAUCAGACAGUGAACAUAGUGGAGGUAUCAGAAGGUCUGGACGGUGAGACAUUCUUCCUGUACGUGUUCCUGGGUGCAGCAGCUGUAUUAGCGCUAGUACUCGGUCAGCAAGCUCUCUCGUCGCUCGCCCGCCGCCGUUCUCCGCGACCCGCUCAACGGCCGCUCGAGACAGGCACCGCUAACGAUGUAGACUACGACUGGUUGCCCAAGGAAGUCGUCAAUCAACUCAAAAAAUCUCCCAGAACGCCAAAACAAUCACCACGCGCCAGGAAAGCUAAGAGAUCAGCUGGCGAUGAUUAAUUUUAGAGUUCGCGUAUUACUGAGAACACAAAGCACUAACGCCAGGUUGCGUUUUGAGUGCGUGUGAUGCGAUUAAAAUAAGGAUAGACCCAUUAUUGACGAUGAUUAGUAUAAUUAGAGAAUUAUAAUACAGUGUAUUAUAAUUCUCGCAUUUCAAUGAUAAUUAAUAAUGUUAAAAAGUAGAUAAUAAUUCUAUUUAUGAAAAGGGAUCAACUUUUUUUUUUUUUUGUUGUAACAUAUUCGAAUAAGGAAGUAUAGAAAUAAACUAUGACUUUUUUUUUAUUUGUGUGAUUGCAAUAUUGAAGAAAAUUGUAAAUAAAUACUGUGAAUAUUCAGUGUGUGAAAAAUAUCAAAGAAAUGCACAAUUAUUAAGGUCUAUUCUUAUUUUAAUUGAGUUGCUGUGUAACAGACUGUGUGGUUUGUAGUUGCUAAGUGUGUGUGGGAGUAAAUUAUGGAACAAAUAGUGUUGAGAACUUUCUACCAACAUGUGCGAAUACAAGAAGACAUUAUUUAAUAAAAUGUUACAUUUUUAUUACUUUA